AUGUUGCCAGGCAUACUGUUAUGUUCACUUAAUCCCAGGAAUCACAGCAAGAAGAAGAAGAGUGAUAGAGAGAGCUUAGAUACUGAUCCCAAGGACAUUGACUACUGGUACUCUGUUCAGUUCAACCGAGAUCCUCCUCCCAGAUUCACUCUACGAUCGGAGAACAACGACAACAACAAUCACCGUUCUCGCAGUGGUGAAUUCUGCAAGACGAAGAAGCGAGGAGAAAUGUCGAACAAGGUCUCAAACUUCUCGGAUCUGAUUCAGCGAAUGACCGCUUCGUGUUUGCUCCAUCCACUCUCCGCCGGCCGGCAAGAUCUCGCCGCCAACCGCCGUGGAGAGUACGAUUCCGAGGACGAGAUUCAGUACGAAGACGCAUCGGAGAACGAGAAUGGUGAAGAAGAAGGAGACGAGACGGUUAGGGGUAAGAUCAAGAACGUUUCGGUUAGUGUGGAGACAGUUCAGGAGAUGGAGAUGGUGAUGGAGCAAGUGUUCACUGCCGCUGCAGCUUUAAAAAGAGCUUACGUGGCGCUUCAGGACGCCCACUCACCCUGGGAUCCUGAGAAGAUGCACGAAGCUGACGUGGCGAUGGUUGCCGAGCUGAGGAGGAUCGGUACUCUUAGAGAGAGGUUCAGGAGGAUGAGAGGCACCGGUGGCCGGAGGAAGACCGACGGCGGGAGAGGGAUGCUGAGAGAGGCGGUUGCGCCGUACGAAGCCGUUGUGAAGGAGCUGAAGAAAGAAGCUAAGGUGAAAGACAAUGAGAUUGAGAAUCUCAAGGAGAAAGUCAAAGCAAUGGUCAACGUUAAUAACGGUAACGGUAACAGCAUCAAGAAGCAUCACCGUCUGCUCUCUAGCCGGAAAGUUAACUGCACAACGCAAGUUGCUGUCUCCCCCGUUCCGGAGUUGUUCGAGAUGACGAUGAUUCAGGUCAAAGAAGCUUCGAAGUCAUUCACGGGAGUUCUGCUCUCUCUAAUGCGAGCUGCGCGUUGGGACAUUGCAGCUGCUGUUAGGUCCAUUGAAGCUGCUUCGGCUGCAUCAGACGGUGGCAGCGGCAUGUCUACUGCCUCUUCUGCUUUAGCUUCUUCAUCUGUUCCUAACGGUCACGCGAAGUUCGCUCUCGAGUCUUACAUUUGCCGAAAAAUCUUCCAAGGGUUUGAUCACGAGACGUUUUAUAUGGAUGGGAGCUUGUCUUCUCUUAUCAACCCUGAUCAGUACCGUCGUGACUGCUUUGCGCAGUUCAAAGACAUGAAGGCUAUGGAGCCCAUGGAGUUGCUUGGGAUCUUGCCCACUUGCCAUUUUGGGAAGUUCUGUUCUAAGAAGUAUCUUUCGAUCAUUCACCAUAAGAUGGAGGAGUCUUUGUUUGGAGACUCGGAGCAGAGGGAGAUGGUUUUAGCGGGUAGCCAUCCGAGAAGUCAGUUCUAUGGAGAGUUUUUGGGGUUAGCUAAAGCGGUGUGGCUGCUUCAUCUCUUGGCGUUUUCGCUUGAUCCAUCUCCGAGUCACUUUGAAGCAAACAGAGGAGCUGAGUUUCAUUCUCAGUACAUGGAGAGUGUGGUGAGGUUUCCGGAUGGUCGUGUUCCUGCGGGUCAGGUCGUAGGGUUUCCUGUUUGUCCAGGAUUCAAGCUUAGCCAUCAAGGGAAAGGGUCUAUCAUCAAAUCCAGAGUUUACUUGGUUCCAAGGGCUUAA